AUGAUGCCUCGAACAGAGACAGAAAUGCAACACAAGUACCCAAAACUGGCGAUUAUCAAGGCUCUUUACCUCUGCGCAUUCGACAAUACAUACCGCUGCCACCCCUCUGCCUCACACCCGCAAUACCUGUACAAAUCAGUACACCUUGGCUGGGAUUCAGUCAUAGAGAUCGCCCAUCAAAUAAACGCCUUGCAAGGUCUAGGCCUUCUAUACGAUACACCUACAGCUGGGGAGAAGAGAAAGAGAAGAGGGAAUAAACCGGUGCACGAGACAGACAAAAGUGUCUAUGAGAAGCUUCAGAAGAUUGAUUUUACAUUAAUGAAGGGGAGGGAGGAAGGAGCUGGGGAUCGUCAAAUCCUUUGGAUGCUGGCGGAGGCUGAUGAGAAGAAGAAAGUGAUUGAGGAGAGAGUGAAGACGUUGAGAGCUAGAGUCAAGAAAGAGGAGGGGAUUAUUCUUUGGACCAACGGGAGACCUUUCACAUCUAUGGAGUCUAGAGCGGUGGCUUUGAUCGAAGGAUAUCCGCCGCAGAUUGGAUAUCCGCAGUAUGGAUAUCCUCCGCAGAUUGGAUCCUUUCAGCAGGAACGUCAGAAGAUUGGAUAUCCGCAUAUUGGGUAUCCUCCGCAGACCUUUCAGCACGAACAUCAGACGAUGGAUGUCCUCCGCAGACUGUUAAGCAGGAACGUCAGAAGAUAG